CCGCCGCCGCUGUAGACUGACUGAGUUGGAGGAGGGAGAAGCCAGGAAGAAAAUGGCGGCCGUAGCUGCAGAGGCGGCAGCGACUGCAGCGUCCCCCGGGGAGGGGGGCGCCGGCGAGGCCGAGCCGGAGAUGGAGCCCAUUCCCGGCAGCGAGGCCGGCACUGACCCCCUCCCGGUCACGGCCACUGAAGCGUCUGUGCCGGACGGCGAGGCCGACGGGCAGCAGUCCUCUCCUCAGGCCGACGAGCCGCCGUUCCCGCCGCCGCCGCCGCCGCCGCCGCCGCCACCGCCGCCGGGGGAGCUAGCCCGCAGCCCGGAGGCGGCGGGGCCGGAGCUGCAGCCUGAGGAGAAGCUACCCGCUCGGGUGGUGGAGCCGGCGGCAGCCGCGCCACAGGAAGGGCCUGGCCUUUCACCUUCCCCUGCAUCGCCGCCCGAGGAGCCCGCGGCUCCCGAGGAGCGCCAGGAACCGCCGCUGCCCCAGCCCUCAGCCCCGGCGCUCGUGCCGCCGGCGGGUGGGGACUCCGCGGUGUCGCAACUGAUCCCCGGCUCGGAGGUGCGGGUCACGCUGGACCACAUCAUUGAGGACGCGCUCGUCGUGUCGUUCCGCCUCGGGGAGAAGCUUUUCUCCGGGGUCCUCAUGGAUCUGUCCAAAAGGUUUGGGCCCCAUGGGAUCCCUGUGACAGUAUUUCCCAAAAGGGAAUAUAAGGAUAAACCUGAAGCCAUGCAGCUCCAAAAUAAUACAUUCCAAGGGACAGAUGUCAAGCGUGACGUGAAUGGUGCUGUUCCCGAAGACCCUUCUCCUGUCCCGCCUCCUGAGCUGAGCUUGGCCGAAAGCCUGUGGACUUGCAAACCACCACCUCUCUUCCAUGAAGGAGCACCUUAUCCUCCCCCUUUGUUUAUCAGGGACACAUAUAACCAAUCAAUACCUCAGCCACCUCCUCGGAAAAUUAAGCGACCCAAACGAAAAAUGUACAGGGAAGAACCUACUUCAAUAAUGAAUGCUAUUAAACUACGACCCAGACAAGUCUUGUGUGACAAGUGUAAAAACAGUGUCGUUGCUGAAAAAAAAGAAAUUAGAAAAGGUAGUAGUGCAAGUGACUCUUCUAAAUAUGAAGAUAAAAAACGGAGAAAUGAAAGUGUAACUACUGUGAACAAAAAACUGAAAACUGACCAUAAGGUGGAUGGGAAAAACCAAAAUGAAAGCCAGAAAAGAAAUGCUGUGGUUAAGGUUUCAACUAUUGCUCACAGCAGAGGCAGAGUAGUCAAAGUUUCUGCUCAGGCAAAUACAUCAAAAGCUCAGUUAAGUACUAAAAAAGUGCUCCAGAAUAAGAACAUGGAUCAUGCAAAAGCUCGGGAAGUGCUGAAAAUUGCCAAAGAAAAGGCACAGAAGAAGCAAAAUGAAACCUCUACGUCCAAAAAUGCACAUUCAAAAGUCCAUUUCACACGUCGAUACCAGAAUCCUAGCUCAGGUUCCCUUCCACCCCGGGUUCGUUUAAAACCACAGAGGUACAGGAAUGAAGAAAAUGACUCUUCUCUGAAGACAGGACUGGAGAAAAUGCGGAGCGGCAAGAUGGCACCAAAGCCCCAGUCCCGCUGCACCUCUACCCGCUCAGCAGGUCUCAACAAAUGGCAGCUAUUACAUCAGACAGUGACGAGUGCUGCUGCUCCCUUACAGUGUCUGACAGACCACUGUGGAUUCAGACUGGGAGCAUUGACGUUAACAGUGAAACGGGCAGCACAAAGACAUUAGCAGGCUGCUGGUUUCAUGGACCUGUACCACAAUGACAGAAAACACCAGAGCAUCAGGACUGAAUGAAAUUGGAGACUCAGAUUUUUAAAGCUGCACUAAGAAGUAAAUAUGCAGGCAGUGGUUAAAACCAACAGUCUAUAAAGGGGCACUUGCAAAUUGUGCUAUAUUAAACCGAAGAAAAGGUAUUAGGGGAAUGUUUUAUAAAAAAACUAUUGCAAUAAAUUAUGCAUGAGAUGAGGAGAAAAGUGAUGUGAAAUACGCAAAGAACUCUCUUGAAUUUUAUGUGUGAAGAAUCACUGACAGUACCUUCUUUUGAACAUGAAGUUCUUCUCAGUACAGUUUGGACACGCCUGAAAGGCAUGAGAUGAUGACAGAAAUGCUGAAUUAUUUUUCAUAUUAAAACUUUGUGCUUUCUCCAAGGUUUAAUCAGCUCAGAUAUGAACAAAGGUAUUUCUAAAAUGGCUCUUCUAAUGAAACAGCAAUAGUCACAAAUGCCGAGGCCAAUGUUUCCUUCAGGAUGCCAGUGGAAACAGAAAAGAUUAUCUAACAAACACAUCCUACUAAAAGGAUGGCAAAGUGUCCCCAACCCACUAAGAAAACUUGGAUCUUUAGUAAAGCAGGGCUAUAUUAUCUUAAAUAUACAUUUGCUUGUUAGAACAUAUUAAGAUGUAUUUAUUUGCCACCAGUAUUUAAUAUUUUGUGCACACUUUCAUAACUACAUUCUUACCUUUCAAAUUCUGACUCAAAGUGGAUCAGGCUAGUGUUGAUCUUGGAGUGAAAAUGUACUCUAAGAGCCAGUUCUUAAUUCUGCUGAGCUGGAAAGGCUUGUACUAUUCUCCCUAUCCUUACUGAUUUCUGAACUAGUUCAGAAAAGGUGAUAAUAUCUGAAUUUUGAUGUUGACCUCUCUCCACAGAGAGCCUCUCUUUCUAAGUGCAAGAAGUCCUCACAGGUGUCAGAUGGGACUUGACCCUGGGGAACAAGCAGCAGGAACAGACGCAUAAAGAUGGUGAACUUUUCAUGCAUAAAGUAUGAAUUCUUAUUAAUGGAGACGGUAAUGUUCUUCUUGUCUAUGAAAAAUACAUAUUAUGAAAAACGUUAAUUUUUCUUUUUUAAUGAAUGGAGAAAACAUUAAUGAGAAAACCAGAUGGACCUGUUAGUACUACAUUUUUAAGGCAUUUUAUAUUUGAUGGUGCCAUACUUUUAAUAAUAAACCUGAAGUUUUUUAGUGGCAAUACUGAUUUAUUUUUUAAACCAGAAAGAUAAUCCAUAUUGAUUACUUAAUACAAAAAAAGGAGAAAAAUAGAAAAUGCAUUUGAAGCAACAUAACUUGAGCAUUUGGCUCAAGUGUUCAAGCUUUGCAUAAUCUUACAGUAUAGGUUUGGAAUUACUUAUUAACCCCACACUCAAGAGUAACAAAAAGUUCUCGGUGAGUUUUAGAAUAUUUACUAUACCUGACUAGGAUUUGUUUUACAACUCAAGAAAAGGUAGGCAGUCUUGCUUCUAGCCAGUUAAUGCAAAUCCUAAUUACAUUGUAAGUAACUAAAAGUCUAGACUGCAUUCUGAAAUUGUCUUUACGGAAAAUCAUUGAUCAUGAAGUCAUUACACAUUUGAUCAAGUCUGAAAAAGCUCAGGAACUGUAGCAGCAGGGCGUUCUAAAGAUGAUGCACACUUCAGUGGCGCCCUGCUCUCUGGCCCCAGAGCUUAGGCUCGGGUCCCUCUUGUUCUUUCAGAUAUGUAACCCAGCAGUACCUUUCAGGCUCACUUCAAGAAUCAGAUAACUCCCAGGUCAUAGCAGAUUUUGUGUAAUCAAAAAUUCUAAUUGCAGAGUGAUGGAAAUGACCAAGAAGUAAUAUAAAGGCAAAAGAACUGGGAGAGAUCAGGUUUUAAGUAUCUAAAUAUUUUUUAAGACAAUUCUCAGUGGUGUUUGUUUGUUACAAACCAGAUUUUCAUUUUUUUUAAAAAUGAAACUUGGUGGUAUUUAAAAUCUAGACAUACCAUGUUGCUAUUUCACUUUCACUGCUUUAGUUGCUUAAUAUUUAAGCUUUGCUUCAUGCUUCCUUUAUCUGUAUUUCAAAUCUUCACAAGCCAUUUCAUUUUGUAGACCUGAAUGACAAAAAUUGUUUCUCACCUAAACUAUGCUGAGACCUAAAUGUUAAAGAAUGUUGUGCAACAUUUAUCCAAUAAAGUCUUGAUUUUUUUUUUAA